AAAUUAGGGCUUUAUUUGAAAGCUGAUCUCGAGAAUGUAACCGAUCUCCUUCCAGCCGAAGAUUUUGAAUGGAACUUUAAGGACACCUACGAAAUGAAUUCUUCACGCGGCUCAGCCAAUUUGGUGAUGCGCUGCAAGUUUUGCAAGCGUGAUAUGACUGCCAGUUUUGAACCAUCUUUUAAGAUUAAAAAAUAUGAUGCCGAAAAUAGUGGAAAAUUCCAGCAGAUUGCUCAAUUUGACUGUCGUGGUAUGGAGUUGGUUGAUUUUCAGCCUAAGGAGCCUUGGAGUGCCAAGGGUUUAGAGACCAACUCAGUAUUUGAGGAUAUUGACCUUACUGAAGGGGAAUGGGCAGAUUAUGAUGAAAAGGCUGGUGAACCCGUGGCUAUCAAUAAUAUUGAGGUAGAAUUCAGAACAGAAAAAUAG